CGGCUGCGGGGAAGCGCAGGGUUCGGGGGCGCGCAGUGUGCUCGGUUGUCUGCUCUGCGCCGUGGUCGCUUUUACUUGCAGUUGAUCUGAGGGACGGGGCUGCGGAAGGAAUCUCCUCUAGGGAUGCUUAGAAGCAGGACUCGGUGAGAAGGUGAGGGAUGGCGGCUCGGAGCCCCCCGGGAUUGGGUGUCCGGAUCACCCGGGGGCUGCUGGCGGUCUCCAUCUAUCUCAUUCUCGGGCAGGAGCCGGCUGGAGCUGCAAGGACUGCAGGCUCAGCCUUCAGGACAUUUACCCCUUUCUACUUCCUGACAGAACCGACAGACACUGUAACACUACGUGGAACUCCCACUGUUUUAAACUGCUCUGUGUAUGCUGAGCCAGCAGCAAAAAUUGAAUGGAAAAAAGAUGGAACUUUUCUUAAUUUAGUAUCAGAUGAUCGUCGGAGACUACUUCCAGAUGGAUCUUUGUUCAUCACCAGUGUGGUGCACUCAAAGCACAACAAGCCCGAUGAGGGUUUUUAUCAAUGUGUGGCAACGGUGGAUAGUUUAGGUAGUAUUGUCAGCCGUACAGCGCGGCUUUCUGUCGCAGGGCUUCCCAGAUUUGCCAGCCAGCCAGAAGCCUCUUCGGUAUAUGUUGGGGAUAGUUUUGUAUUAAGCUGUGAUGUCAGUCCAGAACUUGUACCAUUUGUUCAUUGGGAGCAAAACCGUUCGCUGAGAGAGUUAGACGACAGAAUCUCUAUACUGUCUAAUGGCAGCCUUGUUAUAAGCUUUGCCAAUGAAAGUGAUGUCGGUCUGUAUCGCUGCAGUGUGGGCAGUGGAGCAGCUGUAAAGUACAGUGAAGAAGCAGAGGUCAAAAUACUAGCAGAGACUGGAGAGGAUCGCCCUUUAAUAUUUCUACGUCAGCCUUCCAGUUUGACCAGCGUUGUUGGACAAAUAGCAGUCUUUUCCUGUGCUGUAUCUGGUUACCCCACACCCAGUGUGUUCUGGAGUCAUAAUCAAGAAGAACUCAUUUUGGGGAGUUCAGACAGAUUGGCAUUGUUGGCAGGAGGCAGCCUGCAGAUCAGCAAUGUUACAGAGGAAGACGCUGGGAUCUAUACAUGUACUGCAGACAAUGGGAACCAAACGGUCCAUGCCCAGGCUGAGCUCUUUGUACAAGUGCCUCCAGUGUUUUCCGUUAAGCCAGCUAACACACAUGCUCAUGAAUCUAUGGAUAUUGUGUUUGAGUGUGAAGUUAGAGGAAAACCCGCUCCAACUGUGAAAUGGGUGAAGAACGGAGAUGUGGUCAUCCCGAGUGACUACUUUAAAAUAGUGGAUGAUCAUAACCUUCAGGUUCUUGGUCUUGUGCGUUCAGAUGAAGGAUUUUAUCAGUGUAUAGCAGAGAAUGAGGUGGGAAAUAUGCAGGCAGCAGCACAGCUCAUAAUAGUAGAGCCUGGUGUUACCGCCCCAACCUCUCGUGCCCCCUCACUGACCCGUGCCACUGCUCACCAUGUAGCUGCCACACCAGGAGGUCCCCUCCCCUCAUCCCCACGCGAUGUUGUUGCCUCUUUGGUGUCAACGCGCUUCAUCAAGCUGACCUGGCGUGUCCCUGCUGAUGCUCAUGGAGAAAAUCUUACCUACCAAGUAUAUUACAACAAAGAGGGAAUGAACAGGGAGCGUGUAGAGAACACCAGCCGACCAGGUGAAUUACAGGUUACCAUCCAGAACUUGUUGCCAGAAACAGUAUAUUACUUCCGUGUUGUGGCUCAUAAUAAUUAUGGUGCUGGUGAAAGUUCACCCCCUCUCAAGGUGGAGACACAACCUGAGGUUCAAGUUCCUGGUCCAGCCCCAAAUAUCCGAGCUGCAGCCAUCUCCCCUACCUCUGUUAGUGUUAGCUGGGAAACACCACUUUCUGGAAAUGGGGAAAUUCAGAAUUACAAACUUUAUUAUAUGGAGAAAGGAGCAGGAAAUGAGCAGGACUUUGAUGUUUCAGGACUUUCAUAUACUGUGAAUGGACUAAAGAAAUACACAGAGUAUACGUUUCGGGUAGUAGCCUUCAAUAAACAUGGGUCUGGAGUGUCAACACAAGAUGUUAUAGCGAGGACUCUGUCUGAUGUGCCCAGUGCGGCUCCUCAGAACCUUACCCUGGAGGUGCGCAGCUCACAGAGCAUUUUAGUGCAGUGGCAACCUCCUCCAGCAGGAACCCAGAAUGGUCAGAUUGUAGGGUAUAAAUUGCGUUACCGCAAGACUGCAAGGAAGGUUGAAACAAAUGAGAUCCUGAUAGACACCCAGCUGUCACAACUUGUCAAUGGGCUUGAUCGUGAUACCGAAUAUAGCUUUCGGGUUGUGGCAAUGACUGUGAAUGGGAGUGGACCAGCUACUGACUGGGUUUCUGCAGAGACUUUUGAAAAUGAUUUGGAUGAGUCUCGUGUUCCAGAUGUGCCAAGUUCUCUCCAUGUACGUCCAUUAGUAACAAGUAUUGUUGUAAGUUGGACACCCCCAGAAAAUCAGCACCAGGUGGUUGUCCGUGGCUAUGCUAUAGGUUAUGGUCUGGGGAGCCCUCAUGCACAGACAGUUCGUGUUGACCAUAAACAGCGAUACUACACCAUUGAAAACUUGGAUCCCAGCUCACAUUAUGUCAUCUCCUUAAAAGCCUUUAACAAUGUGGGAGAAGGAAUACCUUUAUAUGAAAGUGCUGUCACCCGCCAGCAUACAGACACUUCUGAGGUUGAUGUUUAUGUUGUUCAUGCCUCAUACACCCCAGUUCCAGAGCCCACUCCUAUGUUGCCCCCUGUGGGGGUCCAAGCUGCUAUCCUCAGCAGUGACACAGUGCGCCUUACCUGGGCUGACAACUCCCUGCCUAAGAACCAGAAGAUCACCGAUGCCAGAUACUACACAGUAAGGUGGAAAACCAACAUUCCUGCAAAUACAAAGUUUAAGAUGGCCAACAGCACUGUGCUAAGUUACUUGGUCUCUGGAUUAAAAUCAAAUACACUGUAUGAAUUCUCUGUUAUGGUUACUAAAGGUCGACGCUCAAGUACAUGGAGCAUGACUGCUCAUGGUACUACCUUUGAGUCAGUGCCUUCAUCGCCUCCUAAGGAUGUGACUGUGGUUAGCAAAGAAGGGAAACCACGUACCAUAAUUGUAAAUUGGCAGCCCCCAUCUGAAGCCAAUGGCAAAAUUACUGGUUACAUUAUAUAUUAUAGCACAGACGUUCAAGCAGAGCUUCAUGACUGGGUUAUAGAACCAGUUGUUGGAAACCGUUUGACACACCAAAUACAAGAGCUGACACUAGACACUCCUUACUACUUUAAGAUCCAGGCUCGAAACUCAAAAGGAAUGGGUCCCAUGUCCGAGGCUGUUCCAUUUCGCACUCCAAAAGAAUCAACACCUUACAUGCCUAACAAUCAAGCAUCAGGUGUAACAGGAAGAGGAAGCCGCCCCCCAGACACAGGAGGAAAUAAUGGACCUCCACCUGGAGGCAGUAAUAGUCCUCAUGGUAGUCCUACUUCUUUGGAUCAGAACAUGCUGCUUACAAUCAUUGUAUCUCUUGGAGUUAUAACAGUUUUGGUGGCUGUGGUCAUUGCCGCCAUCUGCUCUCGUCGCUCCAGUUCCCAUCAUAAAAAGAAAAGAGCUGCAUGUAAGUCAGUAAAUGGAUCCCAUAAAUACAAGGGUAACUCCAAGGAUGUAAAGCCUCCUGACCUCUGGAUUCAUCAUGAGAGACUGGAGUUGAAACCAGUGGAUAAAUCCCCAGAAACGAACCCAAUGCUAACAGACAGCACCCUGCCUCGAUCACCACAGGAUAUCACUCCUGGAGACAGCACCACAGAAGGCAGCAUUCACCAGCACAGCAAUUCAUACCGAGGCCUGGAAUCUGAAGAUUCUGUAUCUUCACUUGCUGGACGUCGAGGGAUAAGACCAAAAAUAAUGAUGCCUUUUGACUCCCAACCUCCACAACCGGUUGUCAGUGCUCAUCCCAUCCAUUCCAUCGAUAAUUCUCAUUUCCGUUCUGUACCUGGGUUCAUGCUGCACGUGCUGGGUGGUGCUCCUCAGGCUACAGAGUCAGUGCGUCAUACUCCUAGCUGUGAUACAGUAGUAGCUGCAUCAUCAUCUUCACAGACUGGUCCUGAAGACCCAGAUCCCCCAGGGGGAAGUUUUCUGCCUGGUUCUAUGGAUGAGGAUUCUGGGCCAAGUAUUCCUACUGCGCAUAUCAGGCCAUCUCAUCCCUUGAAGAGCUUUGCAGUGCCAGCUGUUCCUGCUCCAGCCCCUGGCUCAGCCUAUGAACCUUUGCCUAGCUCACCACUUCUGUCACAACAAGUUCCCUCUGCGCUCUCAGUGAAAACUGCUUCUCUUGGGACUCUGGGAAGAGUACGUCCUCCACUUCCUGUUACUGUGCCCAGUGCCCCUGAACCACUAGAGACCAGCAGAAUGCUUGAGGGUUCAGAAUGUAGCUAUGAACCAGAUGAAUUAAGCAAGGAGAUGGCUCACCUUGAAGGCCUGAUGAAGGAUCUGAAUGCCAUAACCACAGCAUGAAAGAACACAUCCCCACCACAGAGGCAAACUUGACACUGUAUGGACAGAGGCAUUGAAGCCCUUCGAGGGCUUGUUGUGCCACACCAAAAUGUACAGACAAGAACAAGUGGGGAGCCCAGACUGUUUCUGCUGUGGCAACCACCAAGGGCUGAGGCCUAGUAUUCUGUACCUUAUUUCCUCUGAUUUAUAAGAUUUUUGGGGGGUUUAUAUGAAACAAAAGAGAAAUUUUAUGUAAUCCAUGGAGGAAAAUUGUAUAUUGCCAUUGCUUUUGUUCUUUUUACCGCUGAUGGGUCAUCAACAUGUUGCUGUGGCUCAGUGAUAUGCCCCACCUUGUGGCCAGCAAGAAUGCAAAAAAGGACAGUUGUUUUCUGUGCAGUGUUUCUAGGCUGCAAAGCACAUCAGUUGGCAGCAACUCCCCCUCCAGCCUCUGUGAGACUUAAAACAGUGUUACUCCCCCACCAUUCCUAAAUUUUGGCUAGAUGUUUUUUCCACAUCUCCGUCCAUUUUUAAGGCUGAAGACCUAUUGAGGGAACUGUAUUGGACUGCUGCAGCUAGUUGGGAAGUCCGGAUUUGUGCAGUACAUGUGAGAUGAAAAGACAGAACAGUUUCCUCAUUUUCUAACACGGAGAAGCCCUGUGUCAUACAUGUUACUAGUGGCUACAAGAAGAGGCAAAAAGGAGCCUUCUUUUAACAAAGCUGGUAUCAGCACUUUCACAUAUCAAACUAUUUUCCAUCUUGUGUGACUUCCUUGUGUUGUAUAUGAAAUCUACCAUCCCCACACAUCCUUCUGUAUAUUGUCCUAUCCUCCACUACACCCAGUCUUUUCUGUACAGAAAAUUUAUUAUUUUUUUUUAUUUCUUUCUCUGUAGUGUUUAGAAUGUAUCUUUUUAUUGUGACUUUUUUUUAUAACAUCAUGAUUAUUAUUUGGUAUUGGAUUUCAAUACACUUUUUUUAUUCAAUCAAAUUGAUUUUCAUUGUUCUGUAUGCUGCUACUUCAUAGGCAACCUUAUUUUGUCACAGACCUCUAUUAAACUAGCCACUUAUACAUUGA